AUGGGCACCCUCAUCGACCGCUUCGACGAGCACGACGGCCCUGUGCGCGGCAUCCACUUCCACAAGAGCCAGCCGCUCUUCGUCAGCGGCGGCGACGACUACAAGAUCAAGGUGUGGAACUACAAGCUGCGGCGCUGCCUGUUCACGCUGCUGGGCCACCUGGACUACAUCCGCACGGUGCAGUUCCACCCCGAGAACCCCUGGAUCGUGUCCGCGUCCGACGAUCAGACGAUCCGCAUCUGGAACUGGCAGUCGCGCAACUGCGUCAGCGUGCUGACGGGGCACAACCACUACGUCAUGUGCGCGGGGUUCCACCCCAAAGAUGACCUGGUGGUCAGCGCGUCGCUGGACCAGACCGUGCGGGUGUGGGACAUAGGGGCGCUGAGGAAGAAGAACUUCACGCCGGGAGCUGGCGGCGAUGACGUCACGCUGAGGAUCCCGCAGGUGGGGGGGGCAGGCCGGGGCGCGAAGCGGACGCGGAGCCUGCGCCUCUGA